CGCACGGGCACACAAGGUUAGGUCGCUGGUCUAUAAAUACUAGCCCUCCGCCGCUUUCCCUCCUCAUUCUCCAAAAUUACCGAUCGAGAUUAACAAACAAAUGGCGGAACCCUCGAAAAAGCGAUGGAUUCCUCUCGAAGCGAACCCCGACGUCAUGAACCAGUUCAUUUGGGGCCUCGGAGUUCCCGAGGACCAAGUGGAGUUCAACGAUGUCUACGGAUUGGAUGAUGAGAUGUUAGAGAUGGUUCCUAAGCCCGUGCUUGCUGUGCUUUUUCUUUAUCCCUACACUUUUCAGAAAGAAUUGGAGAAAAGAGUUGAGCAGCAGCAGGUUUCGGAGGCUGCUGAGUUGAAGGAACAAAGUAAAAAUGUGUACUUCACAAAACAAACAGUGAGUAAUGCUUGUGGAACUGUUGGCAUUCUUCAUGCUAUAGGAAAUGCUACAUCAGAAAUCAAGUUGGUUGAAGGAUCAUACUUCGACAGGUUUUUUAAGACUACAGCCAGCAUGGAUCCUACUGAGCGGGCUGCCUUCCUUGAAAAAGAUGGAGAAAUGGAGGAUGCUCAUGCUGUAGCAGCUAUUGCUGGGGAUACUGAGGCCUCUACAGACGUGGAUGAACAUUAUAUUUGUUUCACAUGUGUUGAUGGAGAACUUUAUCAACUUGAUGGGGCGAAGACUCGACCAAUAUCACAUGGUCCUUCAUCACCUAGCAGCUUAUUGCAGGAUGCAGUUAAAGUCAUAAAAGUGAUGAUUGAGAACAAUCCAGAUUCCAUGAACUUCAAUGUCAUGGCACUUUCGAAGAAAGCAAUGUGAAGUGCGUGAGGACUGACUCCAUUGCGAGCCUCUUCCUUGUACUUGAGGCAAUAAUCUGAUUUUAGACGUUAUAUGAGAUUCUGUACUUACUAUUACCUCGACAAAGUCUUGAUGUUUUAUGGUGUUUUUAGCCGUUGAAAGUGUUGGCCCUUCGUGUCAGCAGUUGAAACAUUUUCUUAUAUAUAUAUUAUAUAUAUAUAUAAAGAAAAGAUUGUAGCUUUAUUA